UGACUAGACGAGGGAGGACAGAGACUAGGCAGGGGAAAGGCAUCACGGCCCGCGAUUGCCGCCUUUAUCCGUGAGAAGGAGGAAGACGAAAUGAGCAGCGGCAAGCGGAACCUUUGUGCACUUGGCAGGAAGACUAUUUUUCUGGCCGGGAGAGCUUUGUCGUCGUACGCACAUCUCCGCGGAGAUUUGCCACGUCUGUGAACGGCAGACAGCGAGAGAACGAGCGAGAGCAGCUUGUGCAACUGGGGUCGGCCCCGCGGAGAUCGUCACCAUGGUGUCUGUAAUUAAUACAGUGGACACUUCUCAUGAGGACAUGAUACAUGAUGCUCAGAUGGAUUAUUAUGGUAUACGGUUGGCAACCUGCUCUUCAGACAGAUCAGUGAAAAUAUUUGAUGUAAGGAAUGGAGGGCAAAUUCUUAUAGCUGACUUAAGAGGACAUGAAGGCCCUGUGUGGCAGGUUGCCUGGGCUCAUCCCAUGUAUGGAAACAUCCUGGCUUCCUGUUCCUAUGACAGGAAGGUUAUUAUCUGGAAGGAGGAGAAUGGUACCUGGGAAAAGACCUAUGAAAACACAGGUCAUGAUUCAUCAGUGAAUUCUGUAUGUUGGGCACCACAAGACUAUGGAUUGAUCUUGGCUUGUGGCAGCUCUGAUGGAGCCAUCUCUCUGUUGAGCUGCACUGGAGAUGGACAGUGGGAAGUGAAAAAAAUCAGCAAUGCACAUACAAUUGGCUGCAACGCUGUUAGUUGGGCACCUGCGGUUGUUCCAGGAAGCCUUAUAGACCAGCCAUCAAGCCAAAAACCAAACUACAUCAAACGCUUUGCUUCAGGUGGCUGCGAUAACCUUAUCAAGAUUUGGAAAGAAGAAGAUGGCCAGUGGAAAGAAGAGCAAAAACUAGAAGCUCACAGUGACUGGGUCAGAGAUGUAGCCUGGGCCCCGUCCAUAGGGUUGCCAACGAGUACCAUUGCUAGCUGCUCACAGGAUGGCAGAGUGUUUAUCUGGAUGUGUGAUGAUGCCUCUGGAAAUUCAUGGUCACCAAAAUUGCUACACAAGUUCAAUGAUGUAGUCUGGCACGUUAGCUGGUCCAUUACUGCAAAUAUUCUUGCAGUGUCUGGAGGAGACAAUAAAGUAACUUUAUGGAAAGAAUCUGUAGAUGGACAAUGGGCGUGCAUCAGCGAUGUUAAUAAGGGCCAAGGAGCAGUAUCAGCUAUUACAGAAGGGCAGCAGAAUGAACAGUGACAAAUGGAUUAACAGUAGUCCCAAAUGAUCAGUGCAAGGAAAUAGACACAAUUUUUACUACUUUGCUUGCGAAACCAGAUUUCUUUCCUCUGGAACAAGUAACACUGUAACUGCUUUUGGUAAAGCUAUAUACCCUAGCUUUUUGCCUUAAACUGACCCUUUGUAAAAUUCAAGGCAAACUGUACAUCCAAAAGGUAUUGCUCAAUGUAAUGUUACUUGCAGUGAGAUUUUUUUAAUAAAUAAAUUUCUUUGUUAAUUUACUGGAGAACGUCUGACCAGCCUUCCAUGAACUCCUACAUUAGGAAGAGACGUUACGUUUCCUUAGAUCAAUACCUCUCCUGUUUUACUUACUACAGUUUUCUCAUCAUUUAAAGCCUGAUAACAUUCUCUCUUUCAACAAAAAGAAACUAUACAUCAAACAUUUGAUAGAGAAUUUGAGCAUAAGUGGGAGAGAUGGAGGCUGCUGUUUAUACGUGGAGGAGCCAGAAAUGCAAAGUUACUUUUGUUUUACAGUUUGCCCUUAUAUGUAUGGUUGCAAAUACUUAAUUUGACCUCCAAAGUACUAUCAAACUAAUUAACUUUAACCCACUUUGUGUGUACAUCUUUUUGUUUAAAAGGAAAACUAAAUAAAAUCCAAUUAAAACA